GCCAGAAAGAUAGCAGACGAAUUAUAAGGUCAUUUUAUAGGGGAAGGAAAGUAUGGCUAAUAAACAGAGUCUAGAGAAAAUGCGGCAGAUUUUUCAUAUUGUAACCAAAGCAAAAAAUUUUGAUCGUGUAAUUGGAAAAGCGAAACUUAUUGAUGGAGGAAAUGGUCGAUGCAUUUGUGAAAUGAAGGUUGAAGAAGAACAUGAAAAUAGAGGGCAGACUCUUCAUGGUGGAAUGACAGCUACGCUUGUUGAUAAUAUUUCUACGAUAGCUCUGAUGUCAUAUAAUGAUGGAACUCCUCCAGGCGUUAGCGUCAAUAUGAAUAUAAGCUAUCUCAAAGCAGCUCCAAGCAAUACAACAAUCGUUAUUGAUGCAAGAACGCUUAGAGUAGGAAAACGAUUAGCUUAUUUAAGCGUUGAUGUUACAAAUAAAGAAACAAGUGAAUUAAUAGCCCAGGGACAACAUACUAAAUUUAUUGGUUCUUGA